GACCCGCCACUCCCCCAAAAUCAAUGGCAGCCGCACGACUCACACGCAGCGCCCUCACCUCGUCGUUGCGCAGAAAUAUUAUCGUUCCUCGAAAGUCCCCCGGUAUCACUAGGUCGCUAGCAUCCCCGGCCCCGGUCCGUAUACCAGGAGUUACUACGCAAUCGACUACUCUUUCGAAUGGAUUGACAGUGAGAAAUAUCCUUGAAUCUGAGGAGGGUUUUGGAUGGAUGGAGUGACUGAUCCUUUCCCGCUUUUCCUUCUGAUUAGAUUGCUACCGAGCACUCGCCCUAUGCUCAGACUGCGACUGUUGGAGUUUUCAUCGAUGCUGGGAGCAGGGCGGAGACCGAUAAAACCAAUGGAACUGCGCAUUUUUUGGAACAUCUCGCUUUCAAAGUAUGAGGUUAUAUCUUUGCGUCUGGUGAUGUGUAUGGGCAAAUCGCUAAAUAUUUCUCUUUUCUUCCUGUAGGGAACUAAGAAUCGAACUCAGAAUCAAUUAGAACUCGAGAUUGAGAAUAUGGGUGGCCACUUGAACGCCUACACCUCAGUACGUUCUACCAGUCCCGGUGCACCAUCUCCCACAUUUCGGUUUUAACAGGUAGCUAUCGAUAUAGCGCGAGAGCACAGUCUACUAUGCUAAGUCCCUUAAAGAUGAUGUCGGGAGGUCAGUGGAGAUCCUCGCCGACAUCCUGCAAAAUUCUAAACUCGAUGAAUCGGCCAUCGAGCGUGAGCGCGAUGUCAUACUCCGUGAGCAGGAGGAGGUCGACAAGCAGCUCGAGGAGGUCGUCUUCGACCACCUUCACGCCACGGCUUUCCAGGGCCAGCCGCUCGGCCGCACCAUCCUCGGUCCCAAGGAGAACAUUUUGUCGAUAAGUAGAGAGGACUUGACCGACUACAUCUCCACAAACUAUAAGGCCGACCGUAUGGUUCUUGCCGGCGCCGGCGGGAUCCCUCACGAGACCCUUGUAGCACUUGCCGAGAAGCACUUUUCCGGCGUCAACCCGAGUGAGAAUCCUAUCACUCCGGGAUCUGCGCGUGGUCCGAAGCCCGAAUUCAUCGGAUCGGAGGUCCGCCUGAGAGAUGAUACUAUCCCUACCGCCCACAUCGCCAUUGCCGUCGAGGGAGUCAGCUGGAAGGAUCCUCAAUACUUCACUGCGUUGGUUGCGCAGGCUAUCAUUGGUAACUGGGACCGGGCCAUGGGCAACGCCCCACACCUGGGCAGCAAGCUCUCUUCCUUCGUGCAUAAGCACCAAUUGGCCAAUUCAUUCAUGAGCUUCAGCACCUCGUACUCCGACACUGGGUAAUCCUACUUCCCAUUGAUCCUAUUACCCCCACAAUUAGCUAACUCACGCACAGUCUCUGGGGAAUCUACCUAGUCACCGACAAAGUUACUAGAAUCGAUGACCUCGUUCACUUCGCCCUUCGCGAGUGGUCCCGCCUCGCGCAAAUCGUGACAGAGUCCGAAGUGGAGCGCGCAAAGGCCCAACUCAAGGCAUCGCUCCUUCUCUCCCUCGACGGCACCACCGCCGUCGCUGAGGAUAUUGGCCGCCAGAUCGUCACCACUGGCCGGCGGAUGAACCCUGCCGAGAUUGAGAGGGUUGUUGGUCAAAUCACCGAAAAAGAUGUUAUCGACUUUGCUCAGCGUAGGAUUUGGGAUCAGGAUGUUGCGAUUAGCGCGUUGGGUAGCAUUGAGGGUGUACGUCCUUUUUUUUCUUUCUCUCCUUUUUGGAUUGUGUUUGCGUUUGUACUGACUUUUACUCAGUUGCUGGAUUACCAACGUGUUCGCAACGAUACCAGCCGUAACUUUUAA